GCGGCACUCUGGAGGGUACAGAGUAUUAUUGCCCUAAAAAACAAAGGCCAAGAUUGCUCUUUUAGCGUGUCCAUGCCUGAACUAGACAAGAUGGUCUAUGGGGCAGAAGCGCCAUGGCCAAACUCACCGCCGCCGAUGUGGUUCGAUGUCCUGGUGGCCCUUGGCCUCUGCGUCGUCGUGAGGUCCGUAGUCACCUUUGUCAAGUGCCUCCACCGCGCGUUCCUCCGACCAGGUAGGAACCUGGCCCGGCGCUAUGGCGCCUGGGCGGUGGUGACCGGCGCCACGGACGGCAUCGGCCGCGCGGUGGCGCUCGAGCUUGCACGCUGGGGGCUCAGCCUAGUCAUCGUCGGCCGGAAUCCGGACAAGCUCUCGAGGGUCAAGAAAGAGGUCCAGGCCGCCGCGCCGUCGUGCAAGGUGAGGACCGUGGUGUUCGACCUCGCCACCGGGGACGCGCGGGAGAUGGCGCGCGGCGUGGCGCGGGUGGCGGCCGAAGUGGAGGGACGGGACGUGGGGCUACUCGUGAACAACGCUGGCGCGACGUACCCGUACGCAGCCUACUUCCACGAGGUGGGGGCGCCCGUGUGGGAGACGGUGCUACGGGUGAACGUGGAGGCGGCGACGCGGAUCACGCACGCCGUCGUGCUGGAGAUGGCAGCGAGAGGGAGGGGCGCCGUCGUGAACGUGGGGUCCGGGUCGUCCGUCGUGCUGCCGGCGUUCCCGCUCUACGCCGUCUACGCAGCGAGCAAAGCGUAUGUUGAUCAAUUUUCUCGAAGCUUGAGUGUUGAAUACAAACAAUAUGGAGUAGACGUGCAAUGUCAGAUUCCACUGUAUGUUGCUACCAAGAUGUCCCCAGUCAAGAGUGACUCUCCAUUCAUACCAUCAACUGAAGAGUACGCUAAAGCCGCUGUUCGUUGCAUUGGCUAUGAAUCGAGGUGCGUCCCAUACUGGCGCCAUUCAGUCCAGUGGUUCUUCGCAUCUCUAGUCCCAGAUUCUGCUCUCAAUCAAUGGCGCCUCCAAAUUGGCAUCAGGAAGACAAACGAGAUGAAGGCACUACUUAGAGAAAAAGGCUCCAGUUAAACGGUUGUACAUAUAGUAAAUGAAGUGAUGAGUUUAAACUAGAGCUCCAUGUAUUCUGGUAAAAUUCGGUUUUUGGGACAGUCCUGCAAGCAGCACUUACAGUCCACUGGCCUAUUAGGGUAUUACGUUGGAAGUUAAGUGUAAUAAACCGUGUUGCACAAUUCGUGGUUUUUCUGAAAUGUAAAUGUUGCU